AAAGUGAAAGAGCAGGAUCCAUUUUGUGAAAGGAAGAAUGUGAACAACUUCAGGAGAGAAAAGCUUGUGAAUGUGAAUGAAUUUGAGAACAGAUCAGUUAAUGUAGUUAUCUGGAGACAUAAUGGAUUUAUGAACUGAAUGAAGUUUGUGAUCUUCAUUGUUGAAGCAGAGUGUAUUAUAUUACAUUUCUAAAGCACGGCCUGUAAAAUGAGUGUCUGUGUGAAGAGUGAGGAGGAGGAGGAUGUUGACACACACAAAACAGCAUCUCCAGAACCCAGCUGCGUGUCUGUGAAGAGUGACCAGUCCAUAAACAACGCCCCUAAUUUCAGUGAUGGAGCAGUGACCUCAGACCCUAACACUGUCUGUAAAAUGAGACCCUAUGAACAGAGAAAGGAGGCGGACAAUGUUCACACACGUAAAACAGCAUCUCCAGAACCUAGCUGCGUGUCUAUGAAGAGUAACUGUUCAAUAAAGAAUCCCCCUUCUCUCAGUGAUGGAGCUGUGACCUCUGACCCUGAAGUAAAUAAAGAUGAUGUGAUCAGAUCAAUGACACCCCGUCUGACCUGCACUGACUCCAACAGUCAGACCUUCAUCAGGCAGCAUGACACAGAAACUCUACAAAGAGUCAAAGACCAACACAAAACCAACAUGAUGAAUAACUGUAAGAGCUUAUUUGAGGGAAACAAAAUAGAAGAGAAUCAAACCCUUCUGAACAGGAUCUACACAAAGCUCUACAUCACAGAGGGAGAAAGUAAAAGGGUGAAUGAAGAACAUGAGGUUUUACAGAUCGAGAAAAAAACCCAAACACAAGACACUCCAAUCUACUGCAAUGACAUCUUUAAAGCCUCACAUCAACUGGGAUGUGAGGAUAAAGACAAAAUCAAGACUGUUCUUACUAAAGGCAUUGCAGGAAUUGGAAAAACUGUCUCUGUGCAGAAGUUCAUUCUGGACUGGACCGAGGGAAAAGCCAAUCAGGAUGUAGAUUUCAUGUUUGUGCUUCCAUUUCGAGAGCUAAAUUUGAUUAAAGAUCAACAGUACAGUCUUCACAGACUUCUGCUGGACUUUCAUCCUGAACUUCAAGGUCAGGACUCAGAGAUUUAUGAGGGGUGUAGAGUUGUGUUCAUCUUUGAUGGUCUGGAUGAAAGCAGAAUUACACUGAUGUUUUCAGACAGACAGAAAGUUUGUGAUGUGAAUGAAUCUUCAUCAGUGGGUGUGCUGAUGUCAAACCUCAUAAAAGGGGCGCUGCUUCCCUCUGCUCUCAUCUGGAUCACCUCCAGACCAGCAGCAGCCAAUCAGAUUCCCUCAAAAUACAUCAAACGUGUGACCGAAAUUCAGGGAUUCAAUGAGCCUCAGAAGGAGGAAUAUUUCAGAAAGAGAAUCAGUGAUGAGCAUCAAGCCAGCAGAAUCAUCUCACACAUUAGAAGAUCAAGAAGCCUCAACAUCAUGUGUCACAUACCCGUCUUCUGCUGGAUCUCAGCCACUGUGCUUCAAAACCUGCUGAAACAAGAUGACAAUGCAGAAAUCCCUCAAACUCUGACUGAAAUGUACAUCCGCUUCCUGUUGACUCAGAUCAACAUGAAGAAUCAGAAGUAUGAUGAGAGAGAUCCAGAGAAACUCCUGAAGACCAACAGAGAUGUGAUUGUGAAACUUGCUGAACUGGCUUUGAAUCAGCUGAUGAAGGGCAAUGUGAUGUUCUAUGAGGAGGACCUGAUUGAGAGUGGCAUAGACAUCACUGAUGCCUCUGUGUAUUCUGGGAUUUGCACUGAGAUCUUUAAGGAGGAAUCUGUGAUUCAUCAGAGGAAAGUCUACUGCUUCAUACAUCUGAGCUUUCAGGAGUUUCUAGCUGCUUGCUUUGUGUUUUAUGCCCAUGUACUCAAAAAUAAGGAAUCACUGAAAUUGUUUCUAAAUGAAGGAUAUAAGAGUUAUAGCCGGGAAAACUCUCUCUAUGAGCUGCUAAUAGCAACAGUUAAGAAAUCUUUACGAAGUGUAAAUGGCUACCUGGAUCUUUUCCUGCAGUUCCUGUUGGGCAUCUCAGUGGAGUCCAAUCAAAGACUCUUACAGGAUCUACUGACACACACAGUGAACAGCUCAGAGACGAUCAAGAGAAUCACACAGUACAUUAAAAACACAAUCAAGGGUGAUGAACAUCUCUCAGCUGACAGUUGCAUCAAUUUGUUCCUCUGUCUGCUGGAAAUGAAGGAUCGGACUCUGUACAGAGAAAUUCAGGAGUUUGUGAAAUCAGAGAAUCACUCAGUGAAUGAACUCUCUCCAUCUCACUGCUCAACAAUCACCUACAUGAUUCAGAUCUCAGAGGAGGUGCUGGAUGAGUUUGAUCUGAAGAAAUACAACACAUCAGAUGAGGGUAGAAGGAGACUGAUACCAGCUGUGGUGAACUGCAGAAAAGCUUUACUUGCUGACUGUAAUCUCACUGAUCAGUGCUGUGAAAGUUUGUCUUUAUUUCUACAAUCAUCAAACUCCUUACUGAGAGAGCUGGACCUGAGUAAUAAUGACCUUCAUGAUUCAGGAGUGAAGCUGCUCUCAGAUGGACUCAAGAGUCCACACUGUCAGCUCAACAUACUGAGAUUAUCUGGCUGUAUGGUGACAGAGAAAGGCUGUUGUUAUCUGGCUUCAGCUCUGAAUUCAAACCCCUCACACCUGAGAGAGCUGGAUCUGAGCUACAAUCACCCAGGACAAUCAUUAGUCAAGCUGCUCUCUGAUCCAAACUACAGCCUGGAGAAUCUCAAUGUGGAUCAUGAAGGAGAGUUUAGGAUUACAACAGGACUAAAGAAAUAUGCAUGUGAUCUCACACUGGAUUUAAACACUGUGAACACUCACCUUGCUCUUUCUGAGAAGAACAAAAAGAUGACAUAUGUAGAAGAGAAUCAGCCAUAUCCUGAUUGUUCAGAGAGAUUCGAGUGUCCUCAGGUUCUGUGCAGAGAGAGUCUGACUGGACGCUGUUACUGGGAGGCUGAAUGGAGCAAGACAGGAGUUUAUAUAUCAGUGGCAUAUGAAGGAAUCAGUAGGAAAGGAUGCCGUGACAACUGCUGGUUUGGAUACAAUGAAAAGUCCUGGAGUCUGGACUAUUUUAAUAACAGAUUCACUGCCAGACACAAUAAUGAAACCAUUGUCAUAUCUACCCGUUUACAUCGCUCUAAGAGAGUAGGAGUGUAUCUGGACUGGUCAGCCGGUCGUCUGUCCUUCUACAGCGUCUCUGACAAACACACACUCACACACUUACACACAUUCAACACCACAUUCACCGAACCCCUUUACGCUGGCUUUAUGCUUGUUUGGAAUUCCUCAGUGUCUCUGUGUGAGAUUAAACCGCUUUCUGUGAGAUAAUAUUGAAACAUACAGUUGAGAAAUACUGAAUCGCACUCUUUGUGGGAAUCUUGCAUAAUUUUAGAGCUUGAAUACAUUCAAUGAUCAGCUUGUGUUUUGACCUCAGCAAUAUUAUUGGGGACCUAUGCCCCUUUUUACAACAAUACAAUAUAAGUCUCAGGUGUCCCCAGAAGGUGUCUGUGAAGUUUCAGCUCAAAAUAACCACACAGAUCAUUUAUUAUACAUUUUAAAAAUGCUUGUUUUGAGUGUAAGCAAAAAUGUGCUGUUUUUGUGCAUGUAUCUUCAAAUGCGAAUGUGCUGCUGUUUCCCGGCCCCUUUUCCAGAAUAGAACUGUCUCUUUACAGCUCGUACCUUAAAUACUCUGCCAAGAAACAUCAGUUUGGUUUUGAUCAUCAAGUCUAUCGGGAUAAAAGCUUACUUGCAUGCGCUUUAAAGCCAUAUCAGUUUAAACGUCUGAUAUAUGGUUUUAUGAGCGCUCAUAUCCAAAGCAUGUGCACAGAAAGUGGCUAUGUGAGUAACUAAACUAAGUUCUCGUUCAUGUAUUAACACACUUAAACUGUCAAAUACACAAGGUUGUGUCAAAAACAUAAUUUACAUAAACACAGUUGGGUAUUCCUGUGAAUGUAAACAGCUGGGAGAGAGAUUGCAUGUGUAUAUUAGAUUGUUUAUUAAGGGACAGCAGUGUACUAUUGUAGUUCUAUGCUGUUAAUAUGACCAAACAAUAAAAUAAAAAUGGAGAAUCCCUCA